UCCACGCACCUUUGCACCCGACUGCCCAGCAACUACAGCCAUGGCCGCCAACAAGAACAUCCUCUUUGUCGUCUCGUCGCACGACCAGUUCCUCGACGGCAAGCCCACCGGCUACUACCUGCCCGAGGCUGCUCACCCGUACUACGUCCUCAAGAACGCCGGCUACAAGAUCGACGUCGCUUCCCCCAAGGGAGGCAAGGCUCCGCUCGACCCGUCGAGCGUCGAGGCGUUCAAGGAGGACUCGGACUCGAUCAAGUUCCUCAACGAGGACGAGCCCAAGCAGCUGUUCGCGAACACUAAGAAGAUCACGGACGUCAAGGAGGCCGACUACGCCGCGCUUGCACUUCCCGGAGGGCACGCGCCUAUUUUUGACCUCACCACCGACAAGGACUCGAUCGCGCUCAUCGAGUCGUUCCUCAAGGCGGGCAAGCCCGUCGCGUCGGUCUGCCACGGCCCGACCGUCUUCCUCAACGUGACCGACCCCAAGUCGGGCGAGCCGUUCGUCAAGGGCAAGAAGAUCACGUGCUUCUCGGACGACGAGGAGCGCCAGGCGGGACUCGUCGACUCGAUCCCCUUCCUCGUCGAGACCGAGUUGCGCAACAAGGGCGCAGACUUCCAGCUCACCCGCAAGGCGUGGGCCGAGGAGGUGGUCGUCGACGGACAAUUGAUCACGGCGGGGAACCCCGCGAGUGCGUCGGGCAUGGCCAAGGCGCUCCUCACCGUCCUCGAGAAGGCGUGAGCGCGUGCUCCCCCUCCUCGCUCCUGUACAGCGACCGACACGAAAUGCAGUGCACUCUCACCAGUCCGUC